UGAAAAUGCUUAAUUGUAAAAUGUUGGUUUUUGUUUUUUUUGUUGUCGUGCCUACUAUUAACAGUCUUGCUGUAACCACAACACCAAUAGCGAAAAAAAGAAAUAUUCAAACAAGAGUACUUAAAUUAUCAAGACAGCUGCUACAUUGUCAAGAGUUAAUAAACGAACGUAAGAACAAAUGUAAGCUUAUCGGCGAUCUAUUAGUAAAAGAAAUACCCAAGUUCAUAGAUCGUUUACAUCCUCACAGAGAUGCAACAUUGAAAAAAAUAAUGUCCAUUAAGAAAUUUUAUACAGACUGCAGCGGUAUUAUUCAAUCUGGAAUAUAUGACAGCGACGUUUAUCCAAUUUGGUUGAAAGGUGGAUAUCGGUUUAUUCACAUCUACUGCGACAUGGAAAGUGGAAGCCACAUAACCAACAAAACUGGUUGGAUAACUUUCCAGCAAAGGAAGAAUGGUAAAAUCAACUUCAACAGAGGGUGGGAGGAUUAUGUGAAUGGAUUUGGAAAUCCGAAUGAAGAUUACUGGGCUGGAUUGGAAACUAUAUUUUUGUUGACAUGGCAAAACGAAAUUGUAUUCAGUUACGGAUACAGGAUAUUUCGUCCAAAUCUUCGAGUUGAUUUGGAAGGAUGGGAUGGUUUUCAUGCUUACGUAGAAUAUAAACGCUUUUAUCUAAAUUCGGAAUCAAACUACAGAAUUUCAGGCCUUGGUAAACGUUUCGGAACGGCAUAUCGAUCUAAUUUUCGCAACUCAGUGGUGCAGAAUGAGUUUAGUACCUUUGACCACCCUGCCGAAGGGUAUUAUUUUUUACCUGGCUGCUCCGGGCCCCAUAACAGUGGGUGGUGGUUUUUAGGUUGCAGUUUUUCAAAUCUCAACGGAGUUUAUCAAGGACCAACAGAAAAAAUGUCCGAGCGCUUUGGUAUAUACUGGUAUCAAUGGGUCCUAAUUAACCCUAACAAUACUGCUUUGAAACACGCAUCGAUGAAGAUACAAUUUUAACCUAGAAAGACCCUUGACACCUAAUUAAUAUUGCCUUCCAUAUAAAGUAUUCCUUACCCUGAAUUAGUAGCAUUGUAGCAGGAAAUGAACGAACCCACGAAGGAAUUGAAGUAUACAUGGUAUGUAGAUUUUUCAGUCUUC